CUAAUUUUAAUUAAUGAAAAUUAAUUUGGAAAACGGGACGAUUAAGCCUGUCUUUACUCUGGCUUAACGAGGGGGUGCAUUAACAUUGAUAUUUGAGCCAGUUGAUGAAUCUCCUUGAUGUAGCCUACUAAUGUAUGCAAAUUUAUUUGCAUAAUCAAUUUGCAAUUCGGACUUCGAAUGCAUUUGGUGUCAUUUUAAAAGUUCAUGUUAAUUUUUUGUUUUUGUGGCAAUGAAUUCGCGGGAAAAAAAUUUGAGAAUGGCAAAACAUAUCAUUUUCUUUGUCAUUGCGUCGAUUCUUUAAUUGAUUCUGACCUAGUUUUUUAUAAUUGCAUCGUAGGAUCGGGUUCAUGAAGACUUACGUACAUCGAUGUAGCCUGAUUCCUACAGUUAUGAAUGACUCCGAUGACUUCAUUGUAAUUUAAGGGGACCGUUGCAAUUUGUGUAAGGGGAUUUAUAUUCACGAAUAAGCAACUACUUUUCGUUUUCCUAAAAUAAUCAAUUCUGAGGUUGUAAAACUAGAUAUUUUAAAAUAUAGCGAUCCAUCAAACACCAGUGAUGUCUGUAUUUAGAAGUAUAUGGGUAGGUGUUUUGCCCAUUGAUGCUUGGUAAAGGACCCAUAACGAGGGAAAAAUCCUAAAAUAAUUUUGGCAGAAUUAGGGUAGAGUAUGCGUGGGGGAAGAUGCGGAGCACGAUGCUAUCGUACGGAACGCGCACCCAUUCAUCCUCACCCCGUUAUCGUUUGAGGACAAAGAAACUAUAACGCCCACACUCAACGGUGGGAAACAGGAGCGAGUCCCUGCGCCUUCUGCAUUUUCGCGUUUAAAGAUUAAAGUGUUUCGUCGGCGGUGAUUCGGCGGCUAUAUAGGCCAUCUCACUGAACGCAGUAUGUCGCACUUCGUGUCCGUGUUUCUUUGUCAAGAGAGUGUCAGAAGGAGUAUAAUAUAGAGCUUUUCACCAGCUCAUGGAAUUCUGUGCACGAGAACAUUCUAUAGGACUUCUUGAAUCCACGCGCUCCUCCAUCCCGCUGGUGGAUCGUCCACGCCGCGGUCUGAAGCCAUGUCCCGCGCUGCGAUUGGCCCGCUGGCCGCAGCCCUGCUGCUGAUGCUGCGGUCCGUCGCCAUGGCGCCGCCCGCGGAGCAGUGCCUCUCCAAGCUGCACGUCAACACCAUCGUCAACGUGAGGGUGGCGCUGUCCGCCAAGGGCACCGUCAUGGACUCCUGCAUCACCCCCACCCAGCAGGCCUGCAUCCGCAGCUGCUGCUCCAAAGACCUGGUCCCUGGUUUCAGGUGCAACAUGGUCGUCUAUCAGCUCAAUAAGCCCCUCGGAAGCGACAACUGCUAUCUGUUUCACUGUGACAGAGAGGAGGACUGUCCCCUGGUCGCAAUGGAGGGAGUGAACAGCUAUUACAUAUUUACGGGUUUGGACCCGUACAACCCCAGCAACACAAUGCUGGCAUCGCCCGUCACGUCUGCGCUAGCUCUAGCUCCUGCUGCUGUGACAGCAGCCACUUCUACUACCACACAGGCCACAACUGCAGCCACCACUGCUCCCCCAAGCACCACCCCCACUACGCAACCACCCACCUCUACCACACCUACUACUACUACCACAACUACUACCACUACCACCACUACUACUACUACACAACCUACUACGAGCACCACAACUGCCACCCCCGUGACACAACCAACUAUUACUACCACACAGCCACCCACUACACAGACAACUACCACCACCACACUGCCAACCACUACGACCACAGAGCCCACCACACCUGCUACACAAAAAACCACAACUACUCCACCAGCCCCGCCCACCGUUUCCAUGCACACGACCGCUAGCACUGCGACGCCGGCCACGACGCCAGCCGCCGCUGCCGUAGAACUGACGGCUCCUGGCAGCUCGGACGGUCCCACCGCAGUACGGGCGACCCCAUCCACCCCUCCACCCACACCAAAAUCCACGACCACUACAACACCAGCCAUCUGCAUAACAGCCACCUCCACAACCACCACCACCACCACCACCACAGCAGCAGCAGCAGCGGCAGCCCCAGCCCCCCAGCCCACGCCUGCCCCCGGUCCCGCCAAGCUAAACGCAGCCACCAGAAAGCAGAGCAGGCACAGGAACCCCGCCGCCAAGCCGGCGCGGCACGGCGGGAAACCGCCUCCGGGCGCCACGGCGACCGCGAAACCAACCGCCACUCCCGCGCAGCCGGCUACAACCGCCACAAAACCAACCGCGGCCGCCGCGGAACCGACCGCGACGACCGCGGCACCCACUACACCUACCGCUAAGUCAACCGCGACUGCCGCAAGGCCCGCCGCGUCAGCCGCCAAACCGACCACGAAGGCGGCGGCUACGAGGAAGCCGAACCCCACGCCGAGGCAGGGCGUCGCCCCUCACCGCGCUCUGACCCGCAGACCCGCCGCUGCUCCCAGACCCUUAACCACCACCACCGCCACCGCCACCGCCGCGAGACGGGCGACCCUGGCCCCCGCUACGACGACAGCCCCAAAAAGCCCGCCGACCACGCCGACCGCCACCGCCGCCAUCACCACGCCCAGAGCCCCGGCCAAGAAAAUGGCGCCGGCCCCCGCCGUCGCCGCGGCGGCGACCCCAGCGCACACUCAGAGCUCGGCCCCGGGGCUCGGGGGGGCCGUGGACCCCAGGGGGGCGCUGAAGACCAGCCUGGCCGCCGCCGUGGUGGUGGGCCUGGCCUUCCUGACUCUGGCCGUCACCCUGCUGGGACGCAAGGCCCUGGAGUCCUUCAACCGGAGACAUUACACCCGCCUGGAGCUCAACGACCUCCAGUACGACGUGUAGCCCCCCCCCCUCCCCGCUCGCCCCCCGCUCACCCCCCCGCUCGCCCGCGAGGGCCGAAAGGGCCGGGGGGAGCCUUUAGAGAGAGAGAGAGAGAGAGAGAGAGAGAGAGAUUUAUAUCCUGGAUAAAGCCUCUCGUGCCCUGCGGCCAUGUCCUGUCAGUAAGCUGAUGAGAGGUGAGAGGCUGAUUCUGAGGCAUCCCAGCAUCCUCACUGGAGGUUUUUUAUUUGUUUAUUUUCUUGAGGGCAAAUUAUUUUUGGAGGGCAAGAGCAGAGAGAUGUAAUCAGCAAUACCUCUAUUUCCUCAAACUCAGGAACCCUUUAAAAAUCUGGUGAAAAGAAAAAAGUACAUUUUUACUUAAGUUGAGUGAAAUCCUCCACAUAACUGUUCACUUCAUCACAAAACGAUAGUUAUUCCCUAAAACGCUGUAGUGUGUAUCAUGUAGUUAUGAGAUCAUGUGGAACUGUUUCUGCAUGUAGAUAUAUGUCAUAAGUAUUUCUUGGGUCAGCACUACAGUGUAAUGCCAUGUCAUUCAUAUUAGAAUCUCCUUAUUUUUAACAGUGCACACCCUGUUUUUCAUUUUUUGUUGUGUUUUACUAAAGUAAUGGAGACUUGUGAGGGUAAGCCCUAGUGGAAUUUGCUUGACCAUUGCGAGCCUUGUUCAAUUUUUGAUACACAAUUUUUGUCGCUUUUAAAUCAUACUUUUCUCUAUACGUUUUAUAUCAAACACUUGUCUCACGAAAAUGGCUUUAAUUGGUAGAUUCCACUGACUGCACAUUAUAUUGGUAAUAACAUUAGUGUGUGCGUGUGUGUGCAAAAAAGUAGGAGGAUGUACAAAUGUUUGCCUACAAGUAGGCUGAUAAAAAUAGUUGGCCUCAAUUAGAUGUGAUAUAUUUAUUGACCACAGGGUGGCAGCACCUAACAAGUGAGUCCACGCUAUGCCACAUAUUGACUCUUUAUAUUCGCACUGUCGAGCCUCACUAUGGAGCUACUUAAUUGAAUCUAAUUGCACAAAUUAUGUAAGAUGUUUUGAUACACUUCAGUCAAUGUGAUGUUUAUUACAUGUAUUGUGUUUUUAUUUAUUUCUCUAACGAUUGCAGUGCAUAGAUGUAAGUCACAGGUAUUGUGUAGUUGUUGUCACAGCUAGUGGAUUAUGACUGUAGAUCAAUUUUAAGUGGAAAGACCAUGGGGGUGGAGGGGUGGGGGUUUCUUGCUAGAAAAUAAAAUGUUAUUUAUACACUA